AUGUUGAACUUCUGCAAUGAAAAGAUUCGCAAUUCAAUGUGUAUCAUAAGCAACUAUUUCCCUUCUCUGAGGUGUAGAGCAGUUGAGAAUGAGCAGGAAAAACGUGGCCAUAGUCCUUCCACUUGGUUUUUUUCCCCUUCUUCACGGUUUCGUCAGCGAUUUGUAACAGUAGCUCCCUCCGCCGUGACGUGGACGACGGCCGGAUUACUCCGUGCCGGUGUCGGCGAUCCACGAAGAGGGGUAUUCAUUAGUGUUAAAGCUGUUGCACCUUAUUACCGCCUUGGAGAAAUUUUUUAUAGCAGCAAAUGGUUUCUAAGCACCCCUUGGGUGGAAGAAAUCACUGGUUUGAAUGUGAUGAAAAUCAAUUCGGUGCUACGUGAGUUCAUUCCAGAUGUCCUGAUGAUUACAUUCUUUCUCGCACUCGCUUUCAUCACAUCGGCUGAGUCCGGCUGCUAUCAGAAACGAAUGUGCUGUCACGGACGGAAUAUCACCUGCACGGCCCUUGACGACGGAACCAGUCAACUACCGCUGCUCAACCCUCACCGCCAACAAAAGCAUCGUCAUCGAGACGAUUCUGUCAAUGCUGUUCACUGUGUCAUUCUUCGUGGUCUCGAUACCGUAUUCUUUCCAGCCAUCAUAGAAAAUCAAAGGGAUCGUCGUAUUUCACCUAUCAGACGCCCUUCUAUGAAGCAUCCGGUGAUGGCUACGAUCUCGUCUAUCCGGACGUGGGUUACGCUAGUGUGUCUCUUCAUGACAUCAGUUAUUAACGCGAUUCUUGUCUUCGAUGAGGUCAAUCAACAACGCAUUGGGAAAAUUGUGUUCCCGGAUGUCGUUGAGCUUGAAGGAUCCGGUGCCGAGGACAUCUACAAUAAAUAUGCGUUCAUUGAUGAGAGUCCCGAUGAUAAACACGCGAAUAAAGUGCCGAAGACGAUCCGUCGUCAAAAGAAGAAGACGCCGUCCUCGGUCGCCCCUCAGAUCACUCAUCUGCUUUUCGGCUACCCACUCACACCGGCUGAACCAUCCGAGGAUAUACUACGGUAUACGUCGAGACCGAAACGUCUCUGGUUACGGUAUUCCGUUCUCGAUAAGUAUCUACCACUAACGGUGUCGACAACACCAACAUCCGGCUUCUAUGAUGAAGGUCAUCUUUAA